UCUCUUUCUUCACUCUCUUUCUACUUGAAAUGUAAAUUGUUUACUAUUUAAUUUCUUAUUUAUUUGUGAAACUCUAUUAAUAUUUUUUUGUUUCAAUUAAUUAAUUAUGAUACGAUCAAUUCUAUUAUGUAAAUUUAAUCUAUGAAAGAAAAGAAAAAAAAGUGCGAUGUAUAUUGUAUAAGAAAGGGAUUUUCUCUAUUGUGAGCAUCAGCCAAGUAAAAAAAAAUAAAAAGAAAAAAGAAAGACUAUUCUUACUUCAUCUAUCUCUCUUUCUAUUUUUCCUUUCUUCUGUUUUUUUCUCUCUCUCCUUACUCUCUCUUUUCUUAGCUUUAGAGAGAGAGGGGAGAACCACCAUGGCCACCAGUUCAUCUUCGGUCAGUCCAACCUGUACAGUGUCAACUUCUUUUUCGGUUGUUGGCUCAUCAGGGUCUGGUAAUAUGUCAAGCGGUGUUGGUGGUGGGGGUAAUGGUAUGCCCGGACCAGGACCCACGCCCAAUAAAAGGUUAAAAUUAAGUGAUUCUACUGAUUCUUUACUUGGUCCAAGUGAUUCACAAUUAUGGGAUCUUGAAAAUAAUCUACCUGAUGAACUUGCCUCAACAUUAUCCUCAUCGUCAACUGCUCCAGGCGCCUGUGAUUCCUUAACUAACAAUGGCUCUUUGCUGGCAACCACCAAUGUUACUCUAAUAAACUCUAGUAUUCCAAUAUCACAUAUUGGGAUAUCUUCAUCGGCGAAUGUUGUAAAUACUACUUCUAUUACCACCAGUUUACCGCCACCACCUCCCCAACCUCAAAACCAACAACAAACACCACAACAGCAACAGCCUAAUCAACAAACGCCACUGCCGGCUCAAAAUCAUCAACAAUUGUCACAACUUCUUCAAGCCAAGACUCAGACACCCAAUGUACAACAGAAGUUAAUUCCUACCACCAUUCAGCCUCAAAUGAUUAGUGGAAUGGUGCCGGGAUCCCGACCAGUUUUACAAAAUCAACUUAGAUACACAAAUCCUCCCAAUAUCAAACAACAACAACAACAGCAGCAGCAACAACAGCAACAACAACAGCAACAACAACCUCAACAGCAGCAACAAACCCAUAUGCAAUUGUUGUCACCAACACAAUUCAUGCACCAGCAAAAUUUUGGUUCACCUCUGUACGCUGACAACCAAAAACAAGUCCAACAGCCUCAACAGCAACAAGGACAAGCCAGAAUGCCACAGCAGGGCCAAUUUAGAUAUAACACUCCUCCACCUCCCCCUUCAUCUCAGUCAUUAAGUCAACCUGGAUCUCAAUUACUUCAAGUCCAACCGCAAAACUCUCCACAGGCUGUUGGUCAAUUAACACCACAACCUAAUCAACCCGGUGGUGGACAUGCAACCGAAGCUGAAAAAAGAAAACUUAUCCAACAACAAUUAGUUUUACUUCUUCAUGCCCAUAAAUGUCAAAGAAGGGAACAAGAACAACAGAAUGGUACCGGAGGUCAACAGAGACCUUGUACGCUGCCUCAUUGUAGGACAAUGAAGAAUGUUCUUAAUCAUAUGCAGACUUGUAACGAUGGUAAACAAUGUAAAGUAUCUCAUUGUGCAAGCUCCAGGCAAAUUAUAUCUCACUGGAAAAACUGUACACGUACUGAUUGUCCUGUCUGUUUGCCGUUAAAACAAGCAUCUGAUCGAAGACAACAACAGGUCGCCACACUCUUAUUAACCCAACCCUUACCUAAUCAACAGGCUCAAUUUCCUAAUUCCCAACUUCCUAAUGCUCAGCCGCCCCAACAGCAACCGCAAUCACAACCCCCGCCUCCACCACCUCAAUCGACUCAAUUUUUGCAACAAUCAACAAAUGAUGGAAUGCAAAAAGCUUAUCAAGCAUUGGGUCUUCCAUAUAAUAAUCCCACUGGUACACCACCACCUCCAGGACAAAUCUCAUCAAGAAUACAAGGUUUUCCACAGAUUACAGAUCAACUUCAAAACCCUAAACAAGUUAAAGAAUGGCAUGCGUCUGUGCCCAUGGAGCUUCGUAAUCACUUGGUGCAAAAGAUAGUUCAAGCCAUAUUCCCUACUCCAGAUCCAUCGGCGGUCAAAGAUAGUCGAAUGGUUAACUUAGUUGGAUAUGCUCGUAAAGUAGAAGGUGACAUGUAUGAAAAGGCAAAUUCCAGAGAAGAAUAUUAUCAUCUUUUAGCCGAGAAAAUAUAUAAGAUUCAGAAAGAGUUGGAAGAUAAACGGCAGAAGAGAAAAGAACAACAAGCUGCUGCGAAUUCGGUUCAAGCCCCUAAUUCACUCCAAGUGAAUCCUAAUCAAAUUAAUACUUUAAGACCACAACAAAUGUUAGCGCAAACACCACUCCAGCCUCCCACCCCAACAGGACCACCAACACCUCAACCCAUCAACCAACAACAACCAACCCAACCAAUUAGGGCUAGACUCAAUUCAACCGGUGCACCACCAAAUGUGACAAUACCAUCACCAUCUAAUAGGUUUCCAUCUCAAUCUAAUCAAUUACCUCCGGGCUCAUAUUUUAUUUCUCCUCCUGGUCCACCAGCUCAAGCUACUUCUCAAAUUCAGAUUAGGUCCAAUUCAAAUAAUAAUUUCAUUACCAAUUCAAAUAAUGGUACAACUUUAUCAGGAAUGUUGCAACAACAACCAACAACACCUCAACCUCUUGCAUCAACAGCGACUCCACCACCUCCUCGUUGUGCAUCAGUACCAACUUUAACACCACAAACAUUACCCAAUCAAAACCUUCAGUCUCAUCAGAAUAGAUUGUCUAGUGAAGCGAUUGAGAAUUCGAUGACAACACCACCUCAACAAGCAACAUCUCAAUCAUCAAUCCAAACUGCACCUCAAUCAAUACAACAAUCUGGACAACAGUCUAUGAUAGACUUACAGAAUCAUCAUCACCAUCAUCAUCAUCAACAACAACAACAACAACAACAACAGCAACAGCAACAGCAGCAGCAGCAGCAACAACAACAACAACAACAGCAACAACAGUUGCAACAACAACUCAAUAGGCCUCCAUCUCAAAUGCAACCUAUGGAACAACAGGUUGUUAUUAAAAGUGAACCUUUGGACGAUAUUUUAUCGACAACAACGUGUUCAUUGACAUCAACAACCAAUGGUCUACCUUCAACUAGUUCUACUGUUGUGAAACAAGAAGCGGUAUCUACCUGUGAUGAUAAUCUACCAUCUUUAGUGAAGAUGGAACCAUCAACAACAUCUACGAUUUCAACUACAUCAAUGACUAACAGUAUUAAACCUGAAGUUAAGAAAGAGGAGCCUGAAGAUUCCAUAUCUACAACAACCGAUCAAAAGCCUCCCAAUUCAUCUUCAUCUUCUGCUUUAACGCCGAUAGAGAAAAUUGAAAAUGAUGUUAAACAAUCAAUAACCACAACAUCUACACCGUCCGCUAUCUCAUCUACAAUAUCAAAAUCUAACUCUACUCGACAGAGAAAAGUGUUCAAACCAGACGAACUUCGGCAAGCUCUAAUGCCAACAUUAGAGAAAUUGUAUCGCCAAGACCCUGAAUCACUUCCAUUCCGACAACCAGUUGAUCCCACAUUGUUACAAAUACCUGAUUAUUUUGACAUUAUUAAGAAGCCUAUGGACUUAUCAACAAUAAAGAGGAAGCUUGAUACAGGUCAAUAUUCAGAUCCAUGGCAGUAUGUAGAUGACGUUUGGUUGAUGUUUGAUAAUGCUUGGCUGUAUAAUAAGAAAACUUCAAGAGUGUAUAGAUAUAGUACCAAAUUAUCCGAAGUAUUUGAACAAGAAAUAGAUCCUGUUAUGCAAGGGUUAGGUUAUUGUUGUGGCAGAAAACAUGUUUUUCAUCCUCAGGUUCUCUGCUGUUAUGGUAAACAGUUAUGUACAAUUCCCAGAGAUACAAAAUAUAUGAAUUAUCAAAAUAGGAUUACUUAUUGUUUAAAAUGUUUCCAUGAAAUUCCUGGUGAUACGGUGACAAUAGGCGAUGGCUUAGGUCCUGAUUCAAAAGUUGUUGGAACCCAGACUAUUCCUAAAAAUCAGUUCAUCGAAUGUAAAAACAAUCAUAUUGACCUCGAACCAUUUGUAGAAUGUAAAGAGUGUGCCCGAAAAUUACAUCAAAUCUGUGUUCUUCACACUGACCAAAUUUGGCCUGAAGGUUUCGUUUGUGAUAGUUGUCUAAAAGCAAAGAGCAAAAAGAAGAAAGAGAAUAAGUUUUCUGCUAAAAGACUACCGCAAUCGAAAUUAGGUUCCUACAUUGAGAAUCGGGUUAACACAUUUUUAAGAAAAAAGGAAACAGGAGCUGGAGAAGUUUCCAUUAGAGUUGUCUCGAGCUCCGAGAAAAUUGUUGAAGUUAAAUCUUUAAUGAAACAAAAAUACGCAUUUAAAUAUAAUGAACUUGGUCCUGUCGAAUUACCCAGUACAUUUCCCUAUCGUGCUAAGGCUUUAUUUGCCUUCGAAGAUUUUAAUGGUGUGGAUGUUUGUUUCUUUGGAAUGCAUGUCCAAGAAUAUGGCUCUGAUGCUGGUCCACCGAACUCAAGGCGUGUAUAUAUAGCUUAUCUUGAUUCGGUUCAUUUCUUCCGGCCUAAGCAAUACAGAACUGCUGUAUAUCACGAGAUUUUAUUAGGAUAUCUUGACUAUACUAAACAAUUAGGGUACACAAUGGCUCAUAUUUGGGCUUGUCCUCCUUCCGAAGGAGAUGACUAUAUCUUCCAUUGUCAUCCGCCUGAGCAAAAGAUUCCUAAACCAAAAAGGUUACAAGAAUGGUAUAAGAAAAUGUUGGACAAGGGGAUAAUUGAAAGAAUCGUUUUAGACUACAAAGAUAUCCUUAAACAAGCCACAGAAGAUGGUUUUAAGUCAGCCACUGAAUUGCCUUAUUUUGAAGGCGAUUUUUGGCCUAAUGUAAUUGAAGAGUCGAUCAAAGAGAUUGAAAUGGAACAGCAGAAACAAGCAACACAACAGCAACAAAAAGUUCAACAAUUAGUCUUUCCUCCAGCUGAACCAUCAACUCCUCAACAAGAUAGUAUUUUUAAUAAUUCUGGUAAUCCUACUGAUGACGAGUCAAUGGACACAAUGAGUGAGUGCGGUGAUAAGGCUGAUGGAAAUUGUAGUAAACCCUCUGACGUUUUGAGCCUUAAUUCUAAAAACUCCAACAGUAAAGAUGGUUGUAAUAAUCAAAUUAAACAACAAAAGAAAUCUGGUGGUAGUAAAAAAUCGAAUAAAAAACAAAAACAAAGAAAGAAUAACGUUCAUUCGAGACACAAAAGUGGUUCUAAUCAACUUGCCGUUGUUCAGGCCAACUCUAGCCUUCAAUGGGAACAAGAAUUAAUAAAUAAGAUCUAUCAGACAAUGGAAAAGCAUAAGGAGGUUUUCUUUGUCAUUCGACUUCACUCGACGCAAUCAGCUGCUAGUUUACCUCCAAUUAACGAUCCUGAUCAAUCUUUAAAUUGUGAUUUAAUGGAUGGUAGAGAUGCUUUUCUCACCAUGGCUCGUGAGAAGCAUUUUGAAUUUUCGACCCUUCGACGGGCCAAAUUUUCUACCAUGGCCUUACUUUAUGAACUUCAUAAUAGCGGUAAUGGUGGAUUUGUAUAUACUUGUAAUAAAUGUAAAAGACACGUUGUUGAGACUCGAUACCAUUGUACAGAGUGUGAAGACUUUGACCUCUGUGUUACCUGUUACAAUAACGAAGGUCAUAAUCAUAAAAUGGAAAAACUUGGUUUUGGUGAUCUCGUUGGUGGUGUUGAUGGAGACGGUGCUGUAGCUGGUGCUGCAAUUGCCGGUGGAUCAGGUGAACUUGAUAACCAUGGAGAUGGUUCGAGUGGAUCAACAAUUACUUCACCUGGUGAAUCUAGGAGACUUUCCAUCCAAAGAUGUAUUCAGAGCUUGGUCCAUGCUUGUCAAUGUCGUGACGCUAAUUGUAGAUUACCCUCUUGUCAUAAGAUGAAAAGAGUUGUACAGCAUGCUAAGAGUUGUAAACGUAAAACUAAUCAAUCUGGACCAGGAAUGGCCAGCCAAGGGGGUGGUGCAACAGGCUGUCCCAUUUGUAAACAACUUAUCGCUUUAUGUUGUUAUCAUGCUAAACAUUGCAAUGAACAGAAAUGUCCAGUUCCUUACUGUUUGAACAUUAAGCAUAAGUUAAGACAACAGCAAUUACAACAAAAAUUACAACAACACCAAAUAUUAAGAAGGAGAAUAGCAACGAUGACAAGUAUUUCUCAAUCAGCCCAACCUUCGGCUCCAUCACACGAUUAUAGUCCAUCACCAGCGCAAACACCGCAACAUUACAUGAAACCUGCUACUGUAACACCUCCACCUGUUGGCGCUCUUCAGGCUGUGCAGCAAGUGCAAGCUGCUGUCGCACGUCAACAGCAGCAACAUCAACAACCGUCUCUACAGCCACCACAGGUCAUGUCUCAACAGAAUCCUUACGGAAAAGGAAAGCCUAUGCUAAAUUACACACAACAAUCUGUGCCUCAAGGUUCACAACCUCAAACACCUAGACCACAUAUGAGCAUGCAGCCUCAUCCUCAGCAGCAACAGCAGCAGCAACAACAACAACAACAAAUGCAUGCACAGCAAAUCUUACAACAGCAAAAGCAAAGGAUGCUCUUAGCUCAGCAGCAACAACAACAACAGCAGCAGCAGCAACAACAGCAGGCGCAACAACAACAACAACAAGCUCAGCAACCUCAACAAAUUCAAAUGCAACAAGUGCAACCUGUACAGCAUAUUCAAACUGAUAAUCAACAGUGGUAUCCAACACCACAAACACCUCAACAAACUAGGUUUAUAAGAGUACCUCCAACUAUGCCUAUGGCUUCACCUAAUACUCAACCUGGAGGUAAACCACAAAUGAUGCCCCAACAGCCCCAGCAACAAGUCCUUAGACAGCAAAUGCCUGUAGCAUCCAGUGUACAGAUUCAGCCUCAAAUGGUGGGCAUGAGUGGUCAACAACAACCACAACAAGGACAGCAAAUGCAGAUUCAACAACAAAUUCAAGAGGCACAAAUAAACCAAUCUGGGUCCGGUGGGGUAGGUACCCAGUCGCAACCUCAACAAAUGAACCAAGUGAUGCAACAGUUGAUAACAAUGUUAAAAUCUCCAUCAUCUCAGCAAAAUCAGAGGACAGUCAUUUCAAUUCUUCAAUCUAAUCCAAAAUUAAUGGCCGCCUUUUUAAAACAAAGGCAGGCUUCAUCUCAAUCAUCACAAAAUCAGGCACAGAAUCAACUUUUCCAACAAAUUAACCCUCAACAGCCUCAACAAAUUCCACCUCAACCACCAUCACAGAAACAACAACAACAACAACAACAACAACAACAACUCCAUCACAAGACACAACAGCAACAACAACAAAGAAUGAUGCUAGCGCAGCAACAACAGCAGCAGCACCAGCAGCAGCAACAACAACAACAACAACAACAACAUCAACAUCAACAGGUUCAGCAAAGGAUGAUGCUGGUGCAACAACAACAACAACAGCAACAGCAGCAACAACAAUCUCAACAACAACCACAACAAAUCCAAAUGCAGCAAGUGCAACCAGGACAACAUAUACAAUCAAAUAACCAGCAAUGGUAUCAAACACCUCAACCACCUCAACCACCACAACCACCACAACAACAACAACAACCUAGGUUUAAUUGAUUAAUCAAAAACGUCAACCCCUUCUUUCAUUAUCUAAUUGUAUUUCUUUCUUUGUCUAUCUAUUCUAAUUCAUACAAUAUAUUGACCAUGUAUUAACAAGUAAUAAACAUAAACAAUAACAAACAUCUUUAAAUCACACAUCAAACAUAAAAUCACCUUUUGAAUAUCUAAUUGUUCAUUUCAUAGUUUUUCUCAGCGAUGAAAGUUAAAUUUCCCUACUGUUUUUGUUUAUCAUUCAAUAUAUUGUUCUAAGUUUUUAUUACAUCAAAUUUUUUCCUCAAA